CUGAUCCUUGUGUGACAUCGAAAUGGCGACAGCGGAGUGAUGUUUGAAUACAUGUUGUUUUAGAUAUCAUACAGUGAUGUACUGCAGAUAUUAAGAUUUGCAGGGUGUGUGUGUUUAUGCGAUAUGUGUUGGAAUUUUAAAUAUCAAAUUAUUAAUAAUACCCGUGAAGAAGUGAGCAAGUAAGAUGGCACUCUUUUGUAAUAUUGUUUAAAUAGAGUUAUUGGAUAUCUCUCUCCUUUCUUGUGUGGUUCCAAAACAAAGUUUAAAGGCUAUGGAUAAAUUGUUCACGGGGAAAAAAGCGGGCAGCCAAGUCGUACAUCCUCUUGACAGUGAGAAGUUGCAUGUGGUCACACUCGGGCUGACACUCUAUCCACUUCAAGGCCGGCAAACCCUUCACUAGCUGAUGGUCCCAUGUCUGCUUCAACUUCGAAACAUCUUCUUCCUUGAAACUUUCUUCUCUCACACUUUCAUUUUGAACAAAUAUGUAUCUUGCAACAAUGCACAAGCACAUAGACCUGUUUCAUGGGCAUCAUAAACAUUUUUAGGACUGUACUUCAUAGACAGUUUAGAGCAUUCAUUUGAUGGCCAUGUUCCUGCAUCAGAUAAAUCAACAUAUUUCUCUUCACCAUGAAUGCUUUUGUAAACAAUAGUUUGUUUUCUAUCAGAAAGAUGAGCUAUGAUGGCAGCUUAUCAGAGGAAAUCAAAUGAAAAUUUAUCCUUUAUUUUGUACGAAGUUGCUUCAAUUUUUAAAUAUGUGUUCAAGUACUAGUGAGUUUCCUGAUGUAAUUUCUUGUACCUAAGUGUGCAAUGGAAGUAUAUCCACCAGAUGAUCUGCAGCCUAAUGAAGUGGGUAGUGGACCCACAGUAUCUCAUCUAGAGCAAAUGAAAGCAUGGGAUGAUAUUGCUAACUUUGAAAAAGUGUUACAAGCUGCAUGUGAAACAAAUGAAACUCAUUCAGAUGUUAAUAAUUGCUCUAAAGAUGAUGUUUUAACUUCAGAUCGUGCAACUGUAAAUGAAAAUCCUGUUUGUAAUACAGAAACAAAAAGAAAGUGGGAAGAAGAAAUAGCUGAUGCUGUUGAGUCCAACAAACAUAAACUUAAAAGAAUAAACAAUAUGGUCUUGUCAUCUGGAGAAGUUACCAUACAGUUAGUAGGUUCAAAUAAAGAUUCUUGUGAUAACAUUCCUAUUUCUAAUUUAUUGUCAACAGUAGUGAAACCAGAACCAAAAACCCAAUCUGAUGAUUUCCCCUACAAAGUAUCUGAAAAGAUACCAAAUGAAACUAAAAACUCUUUAAAAUUCAUUAAACUUGAAUCUAAAACUGAAAUCAAGGAUGAAAUCGCAGAUUUCAAAACUGAAGUGUUUCAAAAUGAAUCUGACAUUUUUAUGGAUGUGAAAAAUGAUUCCUCUUUAUCUGAGGAAAAAAGCUUUUCUAAAAGAAUUGCUUCAAGAGAUGUAAAAAAUGAUAAUUGCUUCACAGAUGAUCUCAGCAGUGAGACUAAACAUGAAUUUUAUCCUCCAUCGAAGAAUAUUUUGUCAUAUAGCCUAAAAGAUUCAGAUGAAAAUACUUUUCAAUCUGAUAUAAAUACUGAAGGAACAUUGUCAACGGAAAUUCCAGCAGUCCUUUCUGAUAAGUCUGAGGAUUUAGUUGGUUGUACACUUUCAGAAGAUGAUGGUGAAAAAAUGUCUCCACUUGAGAUAACUGAUAUAGCUAAUUCUCAAGAUUCUUAUGAAAAGAAAAAAGACAAAAAGGAAAGAAUAGAAGAAUUGUGUGAGAAAAAUGUUAAAAAAGAUGACAAACUCUCGAAGAAGAAAAAGUUUGAAAGAUGUAAUAUCAGAGAUAUUAAAUUAGAAGAUGAACUAGAUGCAGUGACCCUCUCAGCUCAGAAAGAAGAGCAAGAGCGUAUAAGACGACUUCAGGAGGCUCAGAUGAGAGCUCUUCAAGAACGGCUUCAACAAAUAGAAGUUGAGAAAGAAGCUCUUACUCAGCUUUUCAGUCAGCCACCUGGUGAUGCCCCUAAUCUGUUUGAUUCUUCAUCGAUUAAUGAAGCUGAACCUACAAAUGAAUUGAAAGAAACCACUGUUAAAAGUGAAAGUGAUGUAGUGCUUGUUGAAAGUAGUGAUGAAGAUAAAAAAGCAAACCUUCAGGAUAUACUACCUCCUCCUAUUGAAGAAAACAUAAUUGAUAUUUCAAGUUCAAGUUCUGGUAAUGAAAGUGAUAGUGAUGAUUCUGAGAAAAAGGAUGAUGAUAUAAUGGUUCUAAGUGAUGAAGGAGAAGCAGAAGGUGAUGGAACAGCUGAAGAUCCUAAUAAUAGUGGUGCACAUACAAAUGAUUGUUUCAACUUGCCUGAUGAAGAAGGGCGUGUUUUAGUCAAUGUUGGUCACCCUCCUGAAGAUCCAGAUAUAUUUUUAGCUCCCCAAAUUGCAAAAGUUAUUAAGCCACACCAGAUAGGUGGUAUUCGUUUCUUAUAUGACAAUGUUGUAGAAAAUCUGGAGAGGUACAAGUCUUCUAGUGGUUUUGGUUGCAUUCUUGCCCAUAGCAUGGGGCUAGGCAAAACAGUCCAGGUUGUGUCAUUUGUUGACGUUUUCCUACGACAUACGCCUGCAACUUUGGUUUUGUGCAUUGUACCAAUUAACACUAUUCAGAACUGGAAAGCUGAAUUUGACAUGUGGGUUCCACCUUCAAACUCUGUGGAUGAUGCACAGGUCUUAGGUGGUGAAGUCCGACCUCGAGAUUAUAAUGUGUACACACUAAAUGAAAACUUCAAAACUAUGGCAGCUAGAGCUGCUUUAAUAGCUGAAUGGAGAAAACAAGGUGGCGUGUUACUGAUGGGUUAUGAAAUGUAUAGAAUGUUAGCAUUAAGAAAAAUGCCCAAAGUUCCAGUAAAGAAAAGUAAACGCCUUAAGAAACAAGAGUUGUGUGUGGAACCUGAAACAAAUGAACAGAUUAAGAAGUACAUGGAUGAAAUGUAUGAGCAUAUUGUUAUACCUGGUCCUGAUUUAGUAAUUUGUGAUGAAGGACAUCGAAUAAAAAAUAGUCUGGCUAGCACAUCUAUGGCCUUGAAAAGUAUCAAAACCAGGUAGGUGGGUUGCAGUUCAUGAUAUUUACUUCCCAUAAAAUGAAUUGGACCAUGAUCCUCAUGAUAGAAAGCCAUGGUAUUUUUCAGUAGUCCUUGUCCUGGAAUGAGUCAUCAUUUUUGGUUUCUUUCUACCUGGCCAUUUUCAUGUGCUGUUGUUGUUAGUAUGGAUUUUGCAAAUAUAUUACAUUGUGUUUGUGACUUUGUAUUUGUAAUUAUAAAAUUUUAAUAAUUUACGAUUAUCUAAAAUUUUCUGCUAUUAGCUGGGAUUGCAUAUGAUUUGAAAAUACGUGAUUUUUAGAUUUGUGAUUGUUUGCCUAUCAUUUUAUGGUUAUUAAUUGUAAGGAACUGAGGUCAUUAUCACAUUAAAAAUAAAUUAACAUACAAUAUUUCUCAAAUGCUUGAAUAGGUUUAUUAUCUGAUUUGGGCACUUUAAAAUCAUCACUUUGUGUGUUUGUUGUUUUUCUGCUUGUGUGUAAUAGUUACAUAUUUCACCUUAAAUGCAAAAUUUAUUUUCGUCUUACAUUGUGAAUAUGAGAUAUAUUUAAUUACAUUUUUCAGCUUUAUGCAUUUGAAAAUACUUAUAAUACUACAAUAUGAAUGAUUCUGAAUCAGUUUUACUAUUUUAUGUG